CGCGCCGUCGGUGCACGAGUUGACCGGUGGAGAAAAACGUUCGCUACCGCGGACUAUAUUAAGGCGAGCGGCCGCGGCGAAACGAAUCAAACGAGAGAACACACCGUUCGUCCACUCGUACCGUUCACGACACGCUUUUCGUCAACUCGUAUCGCUCGGGAGACUGUUGGUCCACUCGCACGGCACACCGGACGCUGUUCUCGACCUUCCUCCUCCUGUCACUCGCGCCCGCCGUCGACAAACCAUGAGCUCCAGUGACGGUCUGACCGACAUGCUGGCCGGUUCGCUGGCCGGGGCGGCCGUCGUGAUGGUCGGCCAGCCGUUGGACACGGUCAAGACCAAGCUGCAAACGUUCCGCGGCCUGUACGCGAACUCGGCGCAGUGCCUGGCGCACACGUACCGGACGUCCGGGUUGCGCGGCCUGUACGCCGGCUCGUCGCCCGCCGUGCUGGCCAGCGUGGCCGAGAACUCGGUGCUGUUCGCGUGCUACGGCUUGUGCCAGCAGAUGGUGGCCGCGGCCACCGGGGCUCACGACGCCAAGCAGAUGGACGCGCUCAGCAACGCGGUGGCCGGCUGCGCCGCGUCGUUCUUCUCGUCCGUCGUCCUGUGCCCCGCCGAGUUGGUCAAGAUCAAGCUGCAGGCCGGCCGCGAACUGGCCGAGUCCCAGGGAAGACGGUUUCGCGGCUCCGUCUACAAAGUCACCAAGGACAUCGUGCGGAACUACGGCGUGAACGGUAUGUUCCGAGGGCUGACGAUGACGGUGGCGCGCGAGAUGCCCAGCUACUUCUGCUUCUUCGGCGUGUACGAGGCGGUCCGGGAGUCGCUGAAGCCGGUCGGCCGGAGCCGCGACGACUGUGGCCUGCUGGCCACCACGGCGGCGGGCGCGGCCGGUGGCAUGCUGCUGUGGACCGUCACGUUCCCGGUGGACGUGGUCAAGUCGCGCAUACAGCUAGACGACGCGAUGCCGACCCGGGGCUGGACCGUGUGCAUGAUGCGCGUGUACCGGGCCGAGGGCAUGUCCGCCCUGUACAGCGGCCUCGCGCCCACCCUGGUCCGGUGCGUGCCCUCGUCCGCCGUGCUGUUCAUCGUCUACGAGUACACCAAGAAGCUGUUCGACCCGUAGACCGCGGCCACGGCCCUGUUGGCGCACCGACAGGAUGACGGUUUGACCGGGUCGGAGGGACUGCGACGGGUUGGUUCCGACCCCGCGCAACCCGGUUGUGACGUCCACGCGAACCGACCGAACGCCCGCGUUUUCCCGAUCACGUCCGACAACGAUGCGCGUGACGGACCGCUACACCGAUUCUUGUCGUCCCACGCGUUUCCCGGAAACGUCGACGCUUUACCGCACCGCAUCGGUGGCGCAUUCCACAUCGUUGAUAAUCCAAUGAACACUAAAAAUCUGCAAGAAUCAUAACGUGCACGAACCAACGUGCCACUGGCGUAACAUCGUUGUAUUAUUACAGUUCAUACAUUGUAAAAAUGUAUAUAUUAAUAUUAGGGCUGUGAAUUUAAAAAAAGGUUCAAAAACCUUAUAAAAUGCAUU